AUGGUAGCUGAGUUAGGCCUCCUCAUCCUCUUCCUUGUUCUGUCCAUCUUCAUCUCAAAAAAAUUCUUUGUGAAACACCAUGGCGACCUUCCUCCAAGCCCCUUGGCCUUGCCCAUCAUCGGCCAUUUCCAUCUCCUCAGCCCUCUCAUCCACCGUUCCUUCCACGACCUCUCUCUACGCUUCGGUCCCAUAUUCUCUCUACGCCUCGGCUCUGUCCCAUGCAUCGUGGUGACGUCGCCGGAGUUGGCAAAAGAGUUCCUCAAAACCCAUGAGCUCUCCUUCAUAAACCGCUCUGAGACAACUGCGGUCGAAAAAAUGACCUACAAUGCUUCCUUUGCAUUUGCACCUUAUGGAAAUUACUGGAAGUUCACCAGGAAGCUGAUCACGAACGAGCUCCUAGGCGGCCGCAACGUAGACAACUUUUUAGCCAUCCGAAACCAAGAGUACAUGAGGUUUCUGAGGCAUUUGACCAAGAAAGCCGAGACUUGCGAAUCAAUCAACCUCAGUGAGGAGCUGCCGAGACUUGGUCACAACGUCAUUGGCCAGAUGAUGCUAGGGAAGUAUUCAAGUGCUUCGCGAGCGGAGGAGAUGAGGGUGGUGGUCCGAGAGGCAACCGAGAUUUUCGGAGAGUUCAAUUUCAGUGAUUUUAAUUGGAUUUGGAAGAAAUUUAAUUUGCAGGGAUUUCAGAAGAGGACCGAGGUCACACAUAAGAAGUUCGAUGUAUUGGUGGAGAAGGUGAUCUCAGAACGUGAAGAGUUGAGGAAGAUGCAGAAGAAAGGGAACAUUACAGAAGAAAAGGAUGUCAAGGGAUUUCUUGAUAUUUUGCUUGAUAUCGUGGAGGGUGAGAGCAGUGAGAAUUUGGAUGUUGAAUUUUCGAGAGAUCAUAUUAAGGGUGUAAUCACGGAUUUGUUCGCGGCUAGCAUUGACACAACCUCCAUUGCAAUGGACUGGACUCUAGCAGAGCUUAUCAAUCACCCAGAGGUGCUUAAAAAAGCAAGGGAGGAGAUAGACCGAGUCGUUGGAAAAGGACGAUUAGUCGGAGAACUGGAUGUUCCAAAUCUUCCUUACAUCCAAGCCAUCAUAAAAGAAGCAAUCAGAUUACACCCACCAUUGACAGUAGUCGCAAGAAAAUGUGUAGAACAAUGUAAGGUUGGCAAAUAUGUCAUUGACAAAGAGACAAUGUUAUUCAUAAACAACUGGGCCAUCGGAAGAGAUCCUCAGAAUUGGGAAAAGCCAUUAGAGUUUUGUCCUGAAAGAUUCUUACAACUCGAUGGCGGGGGCGACAAGGCAAGUGCAAUAGAUGUUAGAGGGCAGCAUUUUCAGUAUCUUCCAUUUGGAUCUGGAAGGAGGAUAUGUCCUGGGAUAACAUUAACCAUGAAAAUGCUACCUGCGCUACUUGCAGCUAUGAUUCAAUGCUUUAAUUUGAAAGUUGUUGGGACGCAUUGCAAGAAGAUGGAUGAUGAGACUAAGGUUCUUGAAAUGGAUGAGAAACCGGGAUUCACGACUCCGAGGGCAUAUGAUCUGGUUUGUGUUCCAGUAGCUCGCUUCGGCCCCCUCAGUAUUCUUAAGAAUACUUAA